AUGAGAGGGGCUCUCCUGAGCCCACCUUCAUGAAUUCGUUUGGAGAAUCGUUUGGCAAAUUUGGAAUGUGGGUACGAGUCGUUGCUAACAGAGGAAGUUCAAGCUAAGUACAAAAAAUUUGUCGAGGACUACAAUCUAGCAACAGGCACCAGUUAA